UGGAGAUGUCACAGACUGAGGUCUUGAGAACACAGCUGCCUUUUCACAAACUCUCAUUGUAAUUGGGCUUAUUGCCUGGGCUGCCUUCAUCGCAAAGCAGUGUUUGCUUAAAUGCAAAACUACAACUCGUAAUCUAGUCCAAAUGGCUGCCAGUUAUAGUUGUGUGACUCUGCUGCUCACAGUUCUUGUUCAUAGCAUCUCAGUUGCCAGAUCAUCCUCAGAAACACAAUUCAAGGUAAACGAGGGCAGCACCGUGAUUCUGUCCUGUCAUUACUCUGUGAAGCAGCACGGCCCGAGCCACGUCUGUUGGGGUCGAGACUGUGGAACCUUCUGGUGCAAUGACAUCAUUGUCCAGACUGAUGAAAGUGGGGUCAUCUCAAAGGUCUCUGACAGGUACAGACUUAUCGGAGAUGUUCUCUCAGGACAAAUGGACCUGGGGAUCCAGCGGAUAAGAAGGACCGACAGCGGAUCAUACUGCUGCAGGAUAAAUAUAGAUGGGCUUUUUAAUGACAAGAAGGUGACCUACACUUUAAAGGUUGUGAAAGCUGCAACAUCAACAGCACCACCAACAACUACACUUUGUACCACAGAACUACAACAAACUCAGACCAUGUCGCCUAACAUAGAUCAUCUCCGUGAUGCCGAUUCAGUCACUUUUGACAUUUCUGGACAAAACUCCACCCUGCAGAAUUCAAAACCAAUAUCAGAUGAAGUGGUAUCGAGUAUACUGCUACAGAUCAACAUCCCUGUGCUGUCUCUGUCUCUCAGUCUGCUCUUGCUCCUGGUAGGGGCAUUGACCCUGUUGGCCUUCAAACGUGGCUUUCAUAUGAAGCUCAUGGAUAGUGGGUGUCUGUCAAAUGAGCCAAGGCACAUUGUAUACGAAAUACAGACCAGAAGACCAGUGGAGGAGAAUAUUUAUAUCCUGGAAUAGAAUCCUAUCCAUUUCACACAUUAUGUAAUUUUGUAUACAUAUGUUUCUAGAAUGAUGUUGGAAUAUGUAAAGCAUGUUGUAUUUGUCAUAUCUGCAAAGAAUGGAAUCAUAUUUAAAGAAUACAUCUAUAAUAU